AGAAGAUACGCAAGUACACAAAAACAAAACGUGCUGCGCUGCUGCGAGUGAAAGUUACUCGAUAUAUUUCUGGAGGCUCGUGUUUAUGUAAUCAGUCGGUUUUGGCGAUUAAUAUGCUUUCGAAAUCACGCUUUCUUGUGGCCAACUUGAGCCCAUUCCGGCAGCUGCUACAACAGCGAUGCAGGGCCCUACACAUUUCCGAGGCAAACGUGCUAACUUCGGAAGUUAAUCGACAAUCCGCAGAGUACAAGGAAAAUCACUCCCAAAUGAGUGAGCUGGUUAAAGAGCUGAAAUCUAUCACCGAAAACGUACUGAAUGGAGGAGGGCCGGAUGCAAUCAAACGACACACCAGCAAAGGUAAAUUGCUGGUCAGGGAUCGUAUCAACAGGCUGAUUGAUCCGGGUUCACCUUUUCUGGAGUUGAGCACGUUGGCCGCGUAUGAUAUGUACGGAAAGGACGUGGUCAAUUCUGCUGGAAUCGUUACCGGUGUCGGUCGGGUACAAGGCGUAGACUGUGUUAUCGUGGCUAACGAUGCCACCGUCAAAGGCGGUUCGUAUUACCCUGUCACGGUGAAAAAACAUCUACGUGCUCAGGAGAUAGCUCAAGAGAACAAUCUACCGUGUAUUUAUCUUGUUGAUUCCGGUGGUGCCAACCUGCCACGACAAGCCGAAGUGUUUCCAGACAAAAACCACUUUGGACGCAUUUUUUACAAUCAGGCAAACAUGUCGGCGUUGAACAUUCCACAGAUUGCCGUUGUGAUGGGAUCGUGUACUGCCGGCGGAGCUUAUGUUCCAGCAAUGUCCGAUGAAAGCAUUAUCGUUAAAAAACAGGGAACCAUUUUUCUGGCUGGUCCGCCACUAGUAAAAGCAGCUACGGGUGAGGUUGUAUCUGCUGAAGAGCUGGGAGGUGCCGACAUGCACUGCCGGACGUCCGGUGUGACUGACCAUUAUGCCGUAGAUGACGAACAUGCACUUUAUCUAGCACGCCAGAUCGUACAAAAUUUGAACCGACAAAGUGAGUUUGAUGAAAGUGCUGGAUAUUCCUCGAAGGCGAUGAUGAAUCACGACGGUCUCAGUUUCCUAUCGGAACCAGAGCCUCCCCGGUACGAUGCGGAGGAGCUGUACGGGAUUGUAGGAGCAAACCUGACGAAAUCGUUUGAUGUGCGGGAGGUGAUAGCUCGUAUAUUCGAUGGUAGCCGUUUUACUGAAUUCAAGAAAUUUUACGGUGAAACGGUGGUUUGUGGCUAUGCAAGAUUAUACGGUCAGCUGGUUGGGGUGAUUGGCAACAAUGGUGUCUUGUUUUCGGAGAGUGCCCUUAAGGGAUCUCACUUUAUUCAGCUUUGUGCGCAGAAGAAGAUUCCUUUGAUAUUCUUACAGAACAUUACCGGAUUUAUGGUUGGUCGUGACGCAGAGGCUGGUGGAAUUGCAAAGAAUGGAGCAAAAAUGGUGACAGCGGUUGCUUGUGCCAACGUUCCGAAGUUGACCUUGAUCAUCGGUGGAUCGUACGGUGCCGGUAAUUACGGAAUGUGCGGUCGUGCAUAUUCUCCACGCUUUUUGUAUAUGUGGCCGAACAGUCGUAUCUCGGUGAUGGGUGGUUCACAAGCGGCCGGUGUUUUGGCGCAAAUCACCGAGGAACAGUACAAGCGAUCCGGGAAAGAAUGGACCGAAGCCACUGGCGAUAAGAUAAAAGCUCCCAUUAUCAAGCAGUUUGAAGCGGAAGGGUCGCCCUAUUAUAGCACCGCUCGGUUGUGGGAUGACGGUAUCAUCGAUCCAGUCGAUACCAGGAAGGUGCUGGGUUUAAGCUUGCAAGCUGCACUCAAUAAACCGAUCCAGGAGAGCAAGUUCGGCAUUUUCCGCAUGUAAUUGAUCCGAUAGGGGCAUUUCCGUCUUCCAAUCGCAAGAACUAAAGUGCAUUUAAUAAACGUUUACAGGUUUUAUAUCAGGUGAUGUCUCAUAGAGCGAACAUAUUAUGUAUGUAUUUGUUAAAUUGUAAUACAGAAUUUGCAUUUAGUGCUUGGCACACAUUUUGUAAUAAGAAGAAUAAAGUUUACACAAUUUUUAAUUGGAA